CUUAAAUCAGGAAAUAUUGUUGAACAGAAAAGAAACUUUAUCGAAGGACAAGCUUUAGUUUCUACAAUCAAAACACUCCAAACUUACUUGUUUUGAUAUAUUUCCUCCCGAAUCAUUAAAAUAUGGCAAAAAGUGAACAAAAGUACUGCACAAGUACAUCAAAUAUGAUCAUCUUAAUUGGAAUUAUUUUAUCAAUUCUUGGUAUAGCGGCAACUGUAACUGAUUUCUAUUAUUAUUUAUAUUUCGCAAGGAACCGCUUACCAAUCUCAACUGGUCAUCUAUUCUUCAUAUUUACUGCAAUUGUAAUGUAUUUCCUUGCUGCCAUUUAUAGCUCCUGCCUUCUAUGCCUUGACGGUUUAAGAGCUUCCAAAGUAUUUGACUCUUACAACUUUUUUACAAUUGUAUCUGUCAUUUGUGCCUUAUUUGAUGGAUUCAUGAAAAUAUCCUUGAAUCCAAUAGUGUCACUAAUGUUUUUUGUUUACUGUGGACUUGGUGCUUUGAGUCUUGUGGUCACUUGGACAGCAGAAAAUGAAUUAAAGAAGGAAAAGCAAGCAAUUUUGAAUCAGUUCAACACUGGUCAACUAGUUUCACAAUCCGGGAAUUCACCAGAGCAUCAAAUGUUGAGUAGUAUUGGACAGGAUGAAAUGCCGAAGUUUUCGAUGAAUCUUGAAGCUGUUAAAGUUGAAGAUUGAAGUUAAAUGUGUCUGUAAAUUAAUCUAAGUCAAUGGAUCUUAAUUAAAAUUGAUAGAAAAAUUUGAAUAAACUUUUUAAAAUAUAAUCUUUGUCAUUUUAUACAUUUUUGUGUUGGC